AUGGCCCAGGAAGACAGAAUGGAUAUGGCCCCGGAGGGGAAGAAAAGCCAGGAUGACGGGGUCAGACCCUUUCCACAGCUGCUGCCAGGGCCCCGGAAGUUCGCGCCACAGUCAUCCACCAGCAUCGAGCGCCUGAAAAAGACCUCCAUGGCCUGCAAGGCAUGCAAGACUGCAAAGAGAAAGUGCAGUGGUGCUGGCAAACCACCGAAACCGCCAUGCAAUGCGUGCAAGGCCACGAAUACCGAAUGCGAGUUCGACCCAACACUCGACCUCCGGCGCAAAGAAGCCCAUAACGCCAAGAUCAAUAGCCUCGAGGCGAAGAUCGAGGAGCUGCAAAAUUACAAGCAUUUGCUGGACGAUUUGAUCACAAGGGUUCGGUCGCCACACAGGCAUGAGGUCAACCGAGUCGUGAAGAUGAUUCGCAUGGAUGAAUUUGAUCUAGAGGACUUUGUUCGUGCUGUCGAAAGCCCGAUCGCCGCUGCCACCCACCGCCACGUCGAAUGGUUGGAUUUGCCGCCACAGAGGACUGUCGACCCUUAUGCUCGUGUCACGCUAGAAACCCUCUGCGAUAUCCCCCGAUUUAGGGUGCCAGCGCAACCGUGGACCAAGGUCACCGAUGACAGCUACCUGGUUUCGCACUUGAUCUCGCUGUAUCUCACCUGGGAUCAUCCAUGCUCCCAGCUGAUUGAUCAAGACGUUUUUCUCAAACACAUGAAGGCAAAGGAUCUGACGUCGGAGUUUUGCACCCCACUCCUGGUCAAUAGCCUUCUAGCAAUGGCAAGCGUUUAUUCCGAUAGCCCGCAAGUCAUCUCCAAGCAAGAAGACAGCGUUUUCCGAGGACAGGUCUUUCUUUCCGAGGCAGAACGUCUGUGGAAAACAGAAGAGGGCCGCCCGACGCUAUCGAAUGUCCAAUCACUCCUUCUGAUAUGUUGUGUUCACAGAUGUCAAGGCAAAGCCAACCUGGGCUGGCUUCUCAUCCGACAAGCGGUCCAGUUAGCCCACGAUAUGGGACUGUUUGUCCCCCGGAGGCGAAUCAUUCGCCGGAGAUGCAACGAGUUCGCUCAACCACUGCGUGGGCGUGCUAGACAAAUGGCAAUGGAGCUGCAUAAGAUGCCGAAUUUGGAAAAGCCGGGGUUCCAAGUCAGCGUAGGCGACGUUGCUUGGGUCCCGUAUCCACGAUUGAACCAGCUGAUAUAUCCGAGGAAGAAAGCGCGUCUGCCAGAUGUGCAGGAUGGACUUUCCGAGUUGAUGGAAAUCGUGGCAGAUGUCCAAAAACUCUUUUUGGACAAUUUGACCCAGAGCAUCGACGAUCUAUGGCUCAAAGCACAAGACCCAUACAAUCGCUUUGUGGACUGGCUGAGUCGCUGCCCCGAUGUAUCACAGAUUGAAGACCAGCCGGUUUCGGGAUUCCUGGUUUUGCGCCUGAAAUGCCUCCAUGCAAUCAUGUCCCUCUUCGAAAUGCUGAUUCGCCGCGAUGAGCAAACACCUUCGUCUAAUACCAUCUGGCGGCAAGAGGCAUUGGAGCUCCAGACCAGAUCCGCCGAGGAGACGGCCGAGUGCCUCCGUAUCCAUCGUCAGUCGUAUGGCAUCCGGUAUAUCCCUCGCCAGAUGGUUGGCGCCAUUCGGUCUGGUCUCCUGGUCCUCGUACACCAGCUGGGAAAUCGUGAGGACGCGAGAGAACCGUUCGUCGAGCUUUGGCGAUUUGGAACCGCAAUUGACCACAGAUUCGAACUGAUCGCCGAAGCCGUCCACCAGAUUCGAUUGAUGGCGCAGAGUGGUGCCGUGGAGAUACCGGCUGAAGUGAUCGAGAUCAGUGAUCCCGAGCAUGGGGAAGGCCUUUGA